AUGGCCAGCGACUGUACGACAGAAUACACUCUCUACUCUUCCCCUUUCUCCCUCUAUUCCAUGAUGGCCCGUCACACAAUCCAGCUUGGUCCCACAACGCAGGACGCAAAAAGUCCCCCCAAGAUUGACCUCGUGUUCAUCAACCAUCGGAAAAAUGAGGCUUUGAAACAGGAUUAUCUUCUCAAGGUGAAUCCCAAAGGACAGGUCCCCUCAAUGACUGGAGCAAGCCUCAAGAAGUCACUGAAUGACAGCCGCUCCAUCUCCCUUUUCCUUGCUGAAAACCACUAUCCUGCGAUGCUACCGCCGCAACACGGUGCAAUCAUUCGGGGCCUUCUCGAGAGACUCCACGCCGUUCCUGGUCCCUCGUUCUCCAACAAGAACCCGACGGUCGAAAUGAAGCAGCAUAACCCUUCACCCGCGGAAGAGAUUCUCAAGAGGGACGGCGCUAGAGGCCAAAGUUCAAUUCCGGCCAUUGUGGCCCAAGCACACGCCGAUCUGCAUGCUAUUUUUGCAGAGAUCGUAGAACACCGCAAGGAGAGCGAGGCGUUCGGCAACCCGGCUGCAUGGACUUUUGGCGAUCAGGUUGGUCCGACCGUGCUCGACAGUCACCUCCUUCCCUUUGUAUUGCGUUGCAUGGAGGCUGGUUACGAGAGCCUCAUUCCAGAGGAACUCCGGCAUUGGGCUGUACACAAGUCGCAAAGUCCUACAUGGUUCAAAGUCAUGCGCGGCAGGCCAACACAGUGGCAUCCCUCGAUGGGACCUGUGGAGGAUAUGCAGGACAUGAUGGUUUUGUAA